UGAUAGGCUACUUGUGAAGUGCUGCUUAUUAAGGUUCUCUUUGAAUUUGGCUCCUGCCGCACAGAUCAUGCGCAGUGUGCCGCGUGCUGCCUUCAGUCAGCGGAGCAGCUGUCCAGGGUUUGGAAUUCCAACAUGGCAGAGGCUGUGGUCAGUCUUCCCCUCACUAACUUGGAAUGGUUUCAAAUCGCGAGCAACCGCGCUUAACCUGAGCGAACCAUUCAUCUGCGCACUCAUCGGAUCGAUGGCACUAUAAACGCUGACGCUGCCCUGGCACCUACACAGGCUUGAAGACAUGAUCACUAGCACCAGUAUUUAUGGUCUAAAGAUGCAGUGGACCCCAGAGCACACACAAUGGGCAGAGCAACACUUUGACAUCUCAUCCACUACCCGCUCGCCAGCACACAAAGUGGAGGCCUACCGGGGGCACUUACAGCGAACAUACCAGUAUGCAUGGGCAAACGAUGACAUCUCAGCACUGACUGCCUCCAAUCUGCUUAAGAAAUAUGCAGAAAAGUACUCUGGCAUCCUAGAGGGCCCAAAUGAGAGAGCCCUGCUGUGUUCCUACUCUGAUAGCACUACUGGACUCAUGAAUGGAAGAAAGUCAGAGAAUGAGUCCUGGCAGGAGGGGAUUUACCCAAUGAACUGUGUUCCAGAUGUUAUAUCUGUGAGCAAAGCUGGAAUGACAGCUGCCCUACCCCCUACAGAUGUGUCGGCUAGCAUAGGCAGCUCCCCAGAGGUGGCCAGCAGCUUGUCUGAGCCUAGCUAUUCCAGCAGUAACUGUGGAAGCCACACAGCCACUACUCUCCACUCGGGCCUCCCCUCUCAGGAAUAUACUGCCAGCUACAACGGCUCCUACCUGCAUUCUAGCUACAGCAGCCAGAGUACCCCAGCCCUCCCUUCCCCACACCCCUCUCCUUUACACAGUGCUGGGCUUUUACAACCACCACCCCCACCUCCUCCCCCUACCUUAGUGCCGAGCUACAACGCCGGGUCUCCAAACCUUCCCAACUACAAUUAUCCUCCAACAGGGUAUCCUUCACAGAAUGCUGUUGGCCCUGGUUAUAGCCCUGGGGGAGCACCCCCUCCUUCUGCUUAUCUGCCGUCCGGUAUUGCAGCUCCAACACCAAUCCCUCCUUCCACACUGCCCGGCUACACCUACCAGUCCCAUAACCAUACACCUAUUACACCAACACCUUUGAAUGGCAGCACAUCCAACUCAUUAAAACGAAAAGCUUUCUACAUGAGUGGGCAUGGAGAUAUGGACUCUAGCUAUGGUAAUUUCACCUACAACCAACAGCGCUCUUCUCAGAGUCCAAUGUACAGAAUAACGGACAGUGUCUCAGACUCAAACAGGGGCAAUGGCUUUGACAGAAAUGCUGAGGCAUCGUCUUUAGCGUUUAAGCCAACUAAACAGCCAAUGUCUUCUGAUCAACACAGAAAAUUUAUAAUACACUCUGGCAGAGCACUGACUCCUCCAUCCUAUGGAGUAACCAAAAGCUCUGUUGGUGAUCUCAGAACUGGUGAGCCUUACAACAAGUUUGGAUCUCCAAUCAUGAGCGAGCAAAGUGAAGAGCACAGACAGCACCUCUCUCACUCCCUUACUGGACCUGACAUUGGUACAGCUACCUCGUCCAUCCAUGCUGCGGAGGAACAACUGAAGAACAGUGACUCCAACCUGGUGGAGAUGGUGACCACAGAAAUCCUUCAGCAGGGCCCACCAGUGGACUGGAGCGACAUCGCGGGUCUGGAUAUGGCCAAAGCAACCAUCAAAGAGGAGGUACUUUGGCCCAUUUUAAGGCCAGAUAUGUUUAGUGGACUUGCCACAUUACCUCGGAGCCUCCUUUUAUUUGGACCUCAGGGAACUGGUAGAACACUGCUGGCCCAGAGCAUGGCCAGCCAACUGGGGGCUUCCUUCUUGCGACUCAGCAGCUCAGCUCUGGUGACCAAGUGGCUAGGGGAAGGGGACAAGAUCAUCCAAGCUUCUUUCUUGGUGGCUCGAUGUCGCCAGCCAGCAGUAGUGUUCAUCAGAGAGGUGGAUCUGCUGCUCUCAGCCCAGCUCAGUGAGGAGAGUCCAGUGAAUCGCCUCAAGGCUGAGCUCCUCAUGCAGCUUGACAGUGUUCUGACCUCUGCUGAGGACCAUGUCCUCGUGGUCUGCUCCACCAAUAAGCCCGAAGAGAUCCCAGAAUCCCUACGGAGGUACUUUUCCAAGCGAGUGCUCAUCCCCUUGCCUGAUGGGACAGCACGACACCAGAUAAUCAGCCAACUGCUCUCACAGCACAACUACUGUCUAAGUGACAAAGAAAUGUCACUACUGGUUCAGAGGACAGAGGGCUUUUCUGGACUGGACGUGGCUCAGCUGUGUCAAGAGGCGGCAGUAGGUCCUCUCCAUGGCAUUCCUGGAACUGACCUGUCAACCCUCCACCCCACUCAGAUGAGACCGGUUUCCUACGAAGACUUUGACAAUGUGUUUUGCAAAUUCCAGCCCAGCAUAUCACAAAAAGAACUUGACAUGUACACUGAGUGGAAUAAAAUGUUUGGUUGUAGUCAAUGAAAGAGGCUAAUCAAACACAAUUUCUUUACACUCAGUAGUUGAAUACAAAUCAGUGUUUGGCAUUCAGUGAACAAGACAAAUAAACAGUAUUGGCAUGAACAUAAUAUAUACAGCAAAGGAAUUGUGCUUGAUGGCUUUAGACAGAAAAUUGCAUCAUCCACCAUUGUUAAAAGUUAAUUAAAAGCUGUAUGUGGCUGACGCCAUGUGCUCACUAAAACUCAAAUAACUUGGAAGAAGAUGCCCCCCGUUUUUGUAUAUACAUAUAUAAAUAUAUAUAUAUAUAUAUAUAUAUAUAUAUACAUAAAUAUAUAUACAUACUAUUCUGCUGAUCUUGAGAUUUAGUUGCUAUUAAGUGCCUGAGGUGGUGCUGUUUAAGUUUUGUUUUUCUUUUUGCCUCACAAUCUUCUGGUGACGUGUUAAUAAAAAAAAAGCUUUAUAAUGAGAUUAAAAACUUGCUUUCUCUUUUCCUUUAGUGUUAUACAGCUGUGUCUGUUUCAUGUUCUCUGUGAACAGUUGUGGUUAAUUUGAGCGAAAUUAAAUACAUUGGCUUCUCUUCAGUUGGGCUUCAUUACCUUGCACAGGUUUCAUGUGUGUGUAAAUCCUUUAUUAACAAACACUUACAUACUUUUUUUGUGGGAACAAUCCAAUUUGUUUUUCUAACAAACCCAAUGCUAAUUUAGUUCCUGUACUAGCCGCACAAUUGAAGUUGACAUUACAAGACAACUAUUUUACAAUGGGACUUCAAUCUAAACAAUACAUUACUAUGUAACAUCUGGUAAAACAUUGUUUCAGUAGUAAAUAUAAAAUUCUGCCAAUCUUUUGAUUUUCUAUAUUUAAAAACUCAGGAGAGUGAUGAUAUGUACAGUACCUCAUAAGCUUGUGUCAAAGCACUACAAACUAGAAGAACAUUGGGCUUGCAUUUGAAAUCCCAUCAUCAAACCAUGUAAAGCUUUAUGAUACCUCAAGACACUCAAAAUGAAAUGAGAACGUUCCUACAAUGAAUGUAUGUGAGAAAUGCUGGUUUAUUUACAAGACAAAAAUAGUAAUUUGUUUACUUUAGCUUUUGGUGAUGCAGAGCUGAGAGAAAUUUGAAAGGUGCAGACAACCAUCUUGGGGUUGAGGAAGACAGCUGCCCCAAGCUAUUUCUUUCCAUCCUGCUGCUGUUUUAUCAUUAAUGAAACCUAAGGAUUAUGUAUAGCCUAAGUUCCUUUCUACCUCAGUUUGUUUGUUAUCUCUGAUAGACAAAUACAUGAGAGCAGCAAAUUGUCAGCAUCUAUUCUGCUUAUUUGUUGAGGAAACCUAUUGAGAGAACACCAAACUGUAUUUUGUUGUGUGCAACAUCUUUUAGCUUUACAUUUUGAUAACUCCCAAGAACAACAUAAUGCACUUAAAGGGGAAUACCACUUAAUAUCAGGUUUGGGAUUUACUAUGCCUUUGCCUUAGGACAAAUUGGUCUGUAGUUGUUAACAGCGGAUGUUGUUGCCAUUGCUUGUUUGGCCCCUGAAUCUUUGAUGUCAAAUAGAAAAUCUAAAUGUGACAGCAUUCACAGUGAUGUUUGGUACGCAUUCUUUGGCUUGAAAAAAAUGACAUAGUUUUAAUAUAAAGUUUACAGAAGAAUUACUUUGUCUGUCUUAGGCCAUAACUGUAACAUUCAUGAAUUGAGUGGCAUUCCUUUUUAAGAACAUGUCUAGAAGGCUAGUCUUACUGUACACAAAACUGUUAUUUUUACUUUGUGUUACAUUACAUUACAUUUAUACUUUUGUGUUUACAGUGCUAUUAAUCACUACUUGCAGCUAUUAACCAGUACAUUUCCAUAGAGUGUUUUUUGGCAAUGAAAGAGCAGGACUGACAGCUGAAUUGGCAACUUAAAAUGUUAUUGAAUGUAUUACCUCCUCUGAGCACUAUGGAAAGCAAAGCACUCGCACAUUGAAAAAGGCCACUGAAGUAGAAACCACUGUAUGUGUAGGUGUAUGAUACUGCAGAGGAGCUAAAGGACCUUGUAUUUGUUUUUCAAAGUAGGUCCCUUCAUGUUUCUUUUCUAUUGCACAUGUUUUACCUUUUUUUUUUUUAUUAGACAGUGUGCAUAUGAAUUUCUGCCACCUGGUUUGGUAUUAUUAACUCUUCCAAAACUGUAUUAGGAUGUAUACAGAGCAUCCAGACAAUAGCAGAGAAACUACGUAGCAGCAGAGAAAGCUAGCAAGCUUGUCAACAAUAAUAUAUUGUUGUAGUUUCACAUUAUCUGUGUUUUAUAUUUAUAAAUAUGUACUCCAGUCAUAAGAUGGGGUACAGUUUUCUUUGAAUGCACACAAGGUACAGUCAUUGAUAAAAACAUUAACAUAACCCCUCAUAAUUUGAAUAACUCAGAAAUGGGAUCAUUUCAUUUGUUAAAUUUGAAACAUUCAACAUAUAAUCAUAGGCUGUAUAAAAGAAGGGGACUUUUGAAGGAUAUAAUUUAACAUUUUGGAUGUCACUAUCUUGGUUCUUUGGAGCUAGAAGUGACCAUAUUUGGAUGAGAGGGUGAAGCUAAAUUAUCAGCUAGCAUUAGCUAGCUAGCUUGGUUAGCAAGGGGCAUAGGUUAACUGUGAUAUUAUUUGGUAAUUAAUUUUGGCUAGCAAAGAACAGGAUUAAAACAAAAUGUACCUAAAUGAGCAGCUGUGUCCAACUGUCUGUCUUUUAGUACAACACCUUACACCACAUCUAGGGGGGCUAUAGUCCAAUUUGGUUUACACAAGAAAGUGUCCAGCAAUGUUGUUUAGGAAGCUUUAAACAUGAAAAGUAUGUGGUUACACAAGAAACUUAGACCAAUGUUAAAAGGCCAAUUACAUUUCUGAUAUUUGUUACUGCACUUUGAGGUGUUUAUUGGUUGAAAACUUCCUUGAAGCCAAAGUAAAACAGCUUUCUUUUGAUUAUGAUGAUUUGUUUGAAGAAGUUGUGAAUGUCAGUGACCUUAAUGCCACAGUGUGAGCUGUGAAUAUUUGAAAUUGGCGAUUUUAUAGUACUCGCACUGGGCAUUGUUGAAAUGCUGUAUCACAGUAUGUCAAAUAUUUUUAAGAGACGUGAGUUUUGUAAAACAUAUAAAGUUUUUCAGUUUUAUCCUGUUUGAGUUUAUUCACCAAUAGAACUAGACACUUGGCUAAUUUCUUUGUCUUGAAAAA